CCUCUUUUUCACCCGCCUACGUCACACAGGUGUGUCUGUUGUUUGGAGUUGAAUUUGGAAACUGGACGGUCAGGAAUGUCAACUCUUAACCACGGUUUCUAGGCUUAAAGAUUUCGGAUAGAACACAUCCUUACGCAGAUAUCAGACAGAAAAGCCGCUAUGAGUAAAGUUGCAAAGCUGUUUAAGGGGGCUUCGAGUUCCUCAGGAAGUAAACCGAGUAAAUCCAGCUCCGGCUCGAGCUCGAAGGGGAAACACCGAUCGCGCGCAGGCCCGACUCCGCAGGAGGCCAUUCACAAACUGCGCGAGACCGAGGAGAUGCUCACCAAGAAGCAGGAGUAUCUGGAGAAGAAAAUCGAACAGGAACUAAUGACCGCAAAGAAGAACGGCACAAAAAACAAACGAGUUGCACUUCAAGCUCUAAAGAGGAAGAAGCGUCUUGAGCAGCAGCUAAUCCAGAUUGAUGGUACGCUUUCCACCAUUGAGUUUCAGCGCGAGGCACUAGAGAAUGCCAACACAAACAUGGAGGUCCUGAAAAACAUGGGAAUGGCUGCCAAAGCUAUCAAGGGGGUUCAUGAAAAGAUUGACAUGGAUAAUAUCGACUCUCUGAUGGAUGACAUCACCGAGCAGCAGCAAAUAGCUCAGGAGAUCAGCGGAGCUAUUUCACAGCCUUUCGGCGACGAGUUUGACGAGGAUGAGCUGUUAGCUGAGCUCGAAGAGCUGGAGCAGGAAGAUCUUGAGGAAAGUAUGAAAAAUAUGGGCAGGCUACCCAGUGUACCAACUUCCAAACUCCCCAGCACGAGACCCAGUCAUCAAACAACAACUAAGAAAAGAGUGGAGGAUGAAGAUGACAUGAAGAUGUUAGCAGCCUGGGCUUCUUAAUCAUCCCAAAAACACACACGUACUAUACACAGAAAAAAAAAGGCUGGGGGUUAAGACAAAAGAAUGAAAUUCCACACAACAGAAACUGCUCUAAACACAUAUUGUAUUUUAAAAUGGAGUAUCGGCUGAAUGAAGGAUUGUAGAGCGUAGCUUGUAAAUAGCAUGUGAAUGAAGGGAUAUAGAGGUUUCCAGGGCAUCUCUGAAAAACCAAAAUGUUUACUGGAGGAUUUGGUGAUGGGCUGCAGUUUAUAUUCACAUUAAAUGUAAAUAAAAUGUGACGCUAGAAUCUGUGUAAAAAUUAAUCUUUUUCACUUAUCAAUUAAUUUGCACACAUUUUUUUAUUGUUUUAUUUUGGUAUGCCUUUAUACUCGUCCAGUUAUAAAGACAUACUGAAAUAUUAGAAUUUACUAUUCCAUGUGAAAACACAUAUAUGAUUAAAAUGUAGCAAUGAAAUCAUGAGUAAUAAAGUUACACAAGGUUUCAAAGAGCAAGAGAAUGUAAUGAGCUUUGUAUUUGUGUGAGUAUUUCAAUGGUAUAAAAUAAAAAGCGUUGAUCAGUA